AUGUCAAGAAGACGAGUCCACCAGUCUGUACCCACUCCAUUAUUCUCACCACCAGAUUGCACCUACUUCAUUAUUCCCGCCACCAGAUUGCACCCUAGCCUAUUAUUAACAUUAUUCCGCCACCAGAUUGUACCCUUACUCCAUUAUUCCCGCCACCGGCUUGUACCUACACCAUUAUUCCCGCCCAGAUUGUACCUGCUCCAUUAUUCACGCCACCAGAUUGAAUUAUUCCUGCCACCAGAUUUUACUCCAUUAUUUGCCAAUACCUACACCAUUAUUCUCACCACCAUGCCAAACCAUCCAUUAUUCCCGCCACCAUCCACCUUGCCACCAGAUUGUACCACUUCCAUUAAAAUCCAUUAUUCCCGCCACCAGAAAUUCCCGCCACCAGAUUGUCCAUUAUUCCCAUUAUUCACGCCACCAGAUUGCACCUACUUCAUUAUUCCCGCCACCAGAUUGACCUUCAUUAUUCCCGCCACCGGGAUACACCAUUAUUCCCGCCACCAGAUUGUACCUACCCAUUAUUCCCGCCACCGGUUUGUACCUACUCCAUUAUUCCUGCCACCAGAUUGUACCUACUUAAUUCCCGCCACCAGAUUGUUACACCAUUAUUCCCGCCACCAGAUUUACCACUCCAUUAUUCACGCCACCAGAACCUUCUGUACCCACUCCAUUAUUCUCACCACCAGUCUGUACCCACUCCAUUAUUCUCACCACCAGAUUGCACCUACUUCAUUAUUCCCGCCACCAGAUUGCACCUACUUCAUUAUUCCCGCCACCAGAUUGCACCUACUUCAUUAUUCCCGCCACCAGAUUGCCACCAUUAGAAAUUAUUCCCGCCACCAUUAUUCCAUUAUUCACGCCACCAGAUUUGCUUCAUUAAUCCAUUAUUCUACACCAUUAUUGCCACCAGUACCUACUCCAUUAUUCCUGCCACCAGAUUGUAUCCAUUAUUCCCGCCACCAGAUUGUACCUACUCCAUUAUUCCCGCCACCAGAUUGUACCUACUCCAUUAUUCCCGCCACCGGCUUGUACCUACACCAUUAUUCCCGCCACCAGAUUGUACCUACUCCAUUAUUCACGCCACCAGAUUGGCCUACUCCAUUAUUCCCGCCAUUACCUUCCAUUAUUCACGCCACCAGAUUUCCAUUAUUCCCGCCACCGGUAUAUGCCUUCCAUUAUUCCUAUACCACCAUUAUUCCCGCCACCAGAUUGUACCUACUCCAUUAUUCCCGCCACCGGCUUGUACCUACUCCAUUAUUCCCGCCACCAGAUUGUACCUACUUCAUUAUUCCCGCCACCAGAUUGUACCUACUCCAUUAUUCCCGCCACCAGAUUGUACCUACUCCAUUAUUCACGCCACCAGACACAAUUCAAUUUGCUCCAUUAUUUAUUUUCCCGCCACCGGCUUGUACCUACUCCAUUAUUCACGCCACCAGAUUGUUUCAUUAUUCCGCCACCAGAUUUCCCGCCACCAGAUUGUUUCUCCAUUAUUCCCGCCACCGGCCACCCGCCACCAGAUUGUACCUACACCAUUAUUCCCCAGCACCUAAUCCAUUAUUCCGCCACCAGCUUUUUAUCAUUAUUCCGCCACCAGAUUGUAAUUUGCAACCAUUAUUCCCGCCACCAGAUUGUACCUGCUCCAUUAUUCCCGCCACCGGCUUUACCUACUCCAUUAUUAUUGCCUCCAUUAUUCCGCCACCAGAUUGUACCCUACUCCAUUAUUCCCGCCACCAGAUUGUACCUACUCCAUUAUUCCCGCCACCUACCUACACCCCAGAUUGUUUCCAUUAUUACUCCAUUAUUCCCGCCACCAAAAAUUAUUCCCGCCACCAGAAACUCCAUUAUUCCCGCCACCGGCUUGUACCUACUCCAUUAUUCACGCCACCAGAUUGCACCUACUUCAUUAUUCCCGCCACCAGAUUGUACCUACUCCAUUAUUCCCGCCACCGGCUUGUACCUACACCAUUAUUCCCGCCACCAGAUUGUACCUACUCCAUUAUUCCCGCCAUAACUCCAUUAGCGCCACCAGAUUACCCUAAAAUUAUUCCCGCCACCAGAUCCAUUUUCCGCCACCCGUACCCACACCAUUAUUCCCGCCACCAGAUUUAUUCUGCCACCGGCUUGUACCUCAUUAUUCCCGCCACCAGAUUGAUCCCAUUAUUCCGCCACCAGAUUGAUUCCCGCCACCGGCAUAUUGUACCCUCCAUUAUUCCGCCACCGGUUUGUACCACACCAUUAUUCCCGCCACCAAUUGUACCCUAUUCCAUUAACUACCAUUAUUAUUCAACUCCAUUACCAGAUUGUACCUACUCCAUUAUUCCCGCCACCAGCUUGUACCUUCCAUUAUUCCCGCCACCGGCUUGUACCUACUCCAUUAUUCCCGCCACUUGUACCACCAUUAUUCACGCCACUUCAUUAUUCCCGCCACCAGAUUGUACCUGCUCCAUUAUUGCUUGUACCUACACCAUUAUUCCCGCCACCAGAUUGUACCUGCUCCAUUAUUCCCGCCAACCUACUCCAUUAUUCCCGCCACCAGAUUGUACCUACACCAUUAUUGUCCAAUUCCGCCACCGGCUUGUGCCUACUCCAUUAUUCCGCCACCGGUUUGUGCCUACUUCAUUAUUCCCGCCACCAGAUUGUACCUUUUACUCCAUUAUUCCCGCCACCGGCUUGUACCUACUCAUUAUCAUACCUACACCUUCCCGCCACCAGAUUGAAUUAGAAUUUGUACCUACUCCAUUAUUCCCGCCACCGGCUUGUAAAAUUAUUCCCGCCACCAGAUUGUACGACUCCAUUAUUCCCGCCACCGGCUUGUACCUACUCCAUUAUUCCUGCUUCAUUAUUCCAGAUUGUACCUACUCCAUUAUUCCCGCCAUUGUUCCAUUAUUCCCGCCACCAGCCACCGGCACCUACACCAUUAUUCCCGCCACCAGAUUGUACUCCAUUAUUCCCGCCACCCAUUCCAUUAUUCCCGCCACCAGAUUGUAA